AUGCAUGCCCAGAUGAUGCGUUUAGUGCAUAUUUUAAACAGAAGAAGAUGGCAUUCGAAGACUAUAGUUCACUAUCUGCUGUCUUCUUGCAUUGAAAAUCCUAGUGUGUGCAUGUCUUAUUCUGUUAUAAAAAUGGGAGAAAAACUUAUAACAGAACCGGCAAACAAAGAACAUGUGGAAAAACCGAGGCCAUAUGAAUUUUCUCUUCUGGCAAAGAAAAUUGUAGAACAAAAUAACCAACAGAAUGUUGCAGACAGUGUAAGUGCAAAAUGCACAGAUGGUGCUGCAAAUGCUUCUUUUUCACCAGAAGUGCAGAAAAGGAGACUGGAGGAGCUGUCAGCUGAUUUGGUUGAUACAUUAAUUGAACCAGAAACUCCUGUCUCACGACAGGCGGGCUUGACGUUUUCUGAAGCUCCAGAAAAUGACAGAUCUGUUGAGUCUGUGGUGUUCCAACAAGACCUCACUAAUACCUCAACUUUUAAACCUUCACCUGUUCAUGGAACCGAGGACCAGAGCAUUCCUGCCAGCAAUGUUCCCUGUGUGGGAUGUGGCGCUCAUUUACACUGCCAGCACAACACUUUCCCUGGCUUUUUACCAAGCGAACUUUUCAAACUGCUGUCUGAAAAGGAAUUGAAAGUUUCCCUUUGCCAACGUUGUUACUAUAUUCGCCAUUGUGAUGCAUUUGUUGAAGUCAGUGCCAAGCCAGAGGAGUUUGCAGAAAUGAUUUCAAAAAUAAAGCCCACACGGUCUGUAGUUGUUAUGGUGGUUGAUGUGAUGGACAUACAGGGAAGCAUUAUACCUGACUUGCUGACGUACAUCGGGAACAAGCAUCCUCUUGUUAUCGUGGGAAACAAGGCUGAUUUACUGGCCCCAGAUUGUCCAGAAUACUUAGAAAAUGUUAAAAAAGAAUUGAAACUGGCAUGUCAGAGUGUUGGGCUGCACAACAUUUUCAAGUGCACACUCAUUAGUGCUAAAACAGGAUUUGGAAUCGAAAGACUCAUCAACCAGCUGUUUUCAUUUUACACAAAAAAACUUGAUGUGUUCAUAGUUGGUACUGCCAAUGCUGGAAAGUCAUCCCUGUUCAACACAUUGCUCGCUUCAGAUUAUUGCAAAAAUUCAGCCAGAGAUCUGAUUCAGCGAGCAACAAUUUCUGCAUGGCCAGGAACUACGCUGAAUCUCUUGAAAUUUCCAAUCACGCGACCAGAGAGGCGCACUGUUGCACUUAGAAACAUACGGCUGAGGCAGCAAGUGGCUAUCAGAAGGGAAGAAGCAAAAAUUGCCAGAAUGAGAAAAGCAGAAGCUUCAACAUGGGAGCUGAAAGAAGAGAUCAAAAUGACUGAUGUGCGGACAGUCACACAGAGGAAGGCAGAGGAAGGUGACGCAGCUUGGGGUCAAGUGGUAUAUGGCUAUAAUGCAAGAAGAGAUGGCACACUGGUGUGUAAAAUGCCAGAACCAAAUCCCUUUGAGCCAGAGAAGUAUGAGGAAAGCUACUGGACCUAUGACACACCUGGUAUUAUUAAUCCUGAUCAGAUCGUCAACCUACUAACGCCAGAGGAAGCUCCAUUGUUAGCACCUGCUUCGAUGAUUGUCCCGCGAUGCCUGUUUGUCCGACCUGGUGAUACAGUAUUUGUGUCAGGACUGGCCAGACUCGAUUAUUUGCAGGGAGAAGAUCUUAUUGUAUUUACAGUCCAUGCUGGGCCAGCGAUUCCCAUAAACAUUGUUGCCACUGAUGCAGCUGAUCAGUUUUAUGAGGAGAACAUUGGAACUGCUACUUUUGGGUUGCCCAUUGGUAAUCAAGAGCGCCUAUCAAAGCUUCCACCGCUUGAAGGAAGGGAGUUUACAGUUGAAGCUGCUGGUCGAAAUAUUGCUUCAGCAGACAUCCAGUUAUCUUCAAUAGGAUGGGUUUCUGUAGGACUCAGAAAAGACAACCAAGUCCUGAUUAAAGCUUACACUCCUGGAAGAAAAGGGCUGAAUCUUCGCACUCCAGCCUUGAUGCCUAGAUUUCUACAGUUUAUGGGGAAAAGAAAACCAAAAACCCCGUUUUUUCACACAGAACCUCCUGGUUCGGCUAUGGUAAAUAAAGACUUCAUUGUGAGAGAGGAUGACUAG